CUAAUCGUCUGCUUGUUUUCUGUUCCAUUCACUUCCUCAGACAAUCUGGAUUCUGGACUUCACCUGCAGAAAGCAAAUGUGACUCUGGAUCUAGACACAGCCCAUCCCCAACUCAUCCUGUCUGAGGAUCGGAACAGUGUGAGACGAGGAGAAAAGGCUCAAGAUCUGCCCCACAGUCCUGAGAGAUUUGACAAAUAUUCCUGUGUUCUGGGCCGUGAGGGAUUCACAGCAGGCCGCCAUUUCUGGGAAGUCCUUGUGGGAAGUGAGGAAGGAUGGACAGUGGGGGUGGCCAGAAAGUCUGCGAGGAGGAAGGCAUGCGUAACCUACAAUCCUGAAGAAGGGUUCUGGGAGGUGGGGAGGUGGGGGGGCAGCUACAAGGCUUCUGAAAAAGACCAUGAUCCUCCCCUGACCCUGAGUGGGGAGCUCAAGAGGAUCCGAGUGUGCCUGAACUACACUGCAGGGAGAGUGGCUUUUUUCGACGCUGACCAAGUAGCCCUUCUCUACGAGUUCUCUGGAGCCUCCUUCUCUGGAGAGACCCUCCUGCCCUUUUUUUUUGUGUAUUUAGAAGGUCACCUCCAACUCUGUUAAGGCAGUCAUUUUGCACAAGGACCACUAAGAAAAAUGAUAUUACUUAAGUUUCCUGUUUUUUAGCUCUGUGGAGGUCUUCUCCAGGCUCCCAAUCAGCAAAACUGAUACAUAAAAUUGAGUCUGCUUUUUCCUCAAUUUUCCAGCAUUCCUUCUUUUUUUGUAGUUGAUUUCAGAAAGAGAGAAUGCCCCAUUUCACUCAUUAAAUAAUAACAGAUCUGGACUAAAAGAGAGGUCUACACAGACUAGCAAGCUUCUGCUAACCCCCAUAAGCCAUAAUAUAAACCUUCUCCCGCCCCCAAUCUCUGCCAGCUGUGGAGAGGAAGAUCCCCCCCCCAUUUUUACUUCUGGACUGAAAACUAGAUAAGAGGUGUGGAAAGCAUGUGUCAGAUAUCCCACACCCUUUCAAGUUUUGUUCAACACAGCUGUGGGGCAGAUGUGGAAUAAGGGAGCAAUGUCAGUGUUGGGGUGUUUUACCCUUCCCCACCCCAUCCCUUAUUUCUGAUGUAAAAUUUCCUCCUUUG